CCGACUUUCUCCUCACCAUCGAACAGCGUAUCCGAAAAAUCUUUUCCCCGACUAAAGGUUUUGUUCGAUCCGACAAAUGGCAAAUGGCAGUUUCCUCCUCCUCUCUGCCAUCCUCCUCGCCGCUCUGGCCACAGGAGUCCACGGGUAUGCCCCGCCGGCCAAGACACCCGUGCCAGAGACGACCAUUGAAGUCGUGGUGGAGGCCAUGGUGUAUUGCCAGAGCUGCAAAUACCAGGGCACAUGGUCCCUCUCCGAUGCCAAGCCAAUCGCGUCGGCUAAGGUCAGCGUCAUCUGCAAGAACUACCACCGCCAUGUGACCUACUACAAGGUGUUCGAGACGGACCCACAUGGGUACUUCUACGGCCAGCUGAAGGGAUUCAAGAUGGCACACCCGAUCCUGGACCACCCGCUCCAUGCCUGCAGCGUCAAGCUCGUGUCAUCGCCACUGGAGGACUGCAACCUGCUCUCCAACAUCAACUACGGCAUGUACGGCGCGAAGCUCAGGUACGAGGACAAGCAUUUGGUCAGACAUGGGUACGAGGCUGUCAUCUACACCGCUGGACCGCUCGCCUUCCGCCCCUCCUACUGUCCUCCCCCGAUGAAGGAUGAGGAAUCCGGGACUCACGAGUAAGAUUUUGGAUGAUUAACAAUAAAUGGUUAAAUGGUUUAAAGCCUUACCUCGGAAAAUAAUAAUAUGACUGACAAGUGAGAUAUCUUUUAUUGGCCUUGUUGGGCUCUAGCCUGAUAAAAAAACGUAUGAUGUAACUAAUAUAGUUGCGUCGAGAUACGUCUGUACGUUUUUUUUUUUUGUUCUUUAACGAAUAAUUAAACUGUUUCAUUGUAACUCCUUUUAUUCUAUGAGAUAUUAUUUGUUAUAUCGUUAUUACAUUGAAUGAACUCAUGAAUCACGU